AUGAAGGCAUCCGUCGGCGAUGUAGUCUUGCCGGGCGACUAUUGCGAAGAAAUAUCCGCAGUUGGCGAAAAAGCAAAAGUUAUAAUCGGGCCUGGUCUUCAAAAGGAAAUUGACCAUGUUUACGUUACAAAAGCUGGGAUUUUAAAGAAGAGAAAUCCAAAUACCUACUGGGUAGAUAAUUACCAGAAGCGAUACAUACCAGCCAGAGGAGAAAAUGUUAUAGGAGUGGUCGUUCAGAAAGCUGGGGACAUAUUUAGAGUCGAUGUAGGAAGCAGCAUAACUGCAGCAUUAUCCUACCUUUCUUUCGAAGGCGCUACAAAGAAAAACAAACCGGAUGUACAAAUAGGCGAUGUCGUCUACGCAAAGAUGCUUGUUGCUAGCAAAGAUAUGGAGCCGGAGUUAGUCUGUGUUGAUUCACACGGGAAAAAAGGUCGAAUGGGUGUUUUAUCCGACGGCUUCGUAUUCAAGUGCUCGCUUAAUCUAAUUAGGAAGAUUUUAAACCCUAAUUGCCCUUUACUUGAAUCUUUGAAAAAUGAAUGGCCAUUUGAACUUGCUGCAGGAAUGAACGGAAGGAUUUGGAUCAAAGCCAAUACUAUGCGAGAGACUAUCGCUUUAGGAAAUGCAAUCCUCGGUGCUGAGUAUCUAAGUGAUGAGGAAAUCAAGUCUAUGUGUACAAAUAUAGCUACCAUCUUAGCUGGUCAUGUAUCAUAA